GAAAAGUCGCAAAUCUAACUAACAGAAGGCAACCCAAGUACCAAUAACAGUAUUAGUGUGUUUUUAAGUUUCAUUGAGAUAAGUUUAUCUAGUAUAAAAGUAUUUAAGAUGAAAUCCAACGCGAGUGUUGCGCUUGUUGCAGUGUAUUUGUUCGGUCUUAUUGUUUCAUUGAAUAGUUCGCCCAUGGGAACAUGCGGUAGCAAGGAAUCAGAGACAUCAGACACCUUGCUCAUACCAUUGAAUAGUUCGCCCAUGGUACCAGGUGGUGGCGAGACAUCAGAGGCAUCAAACACCUUGCCCAUACCAAUGAAUUGUUCGCCCAUGGUACCAGGCGGUGGCGAGACAUCAGGGACAUCAGAGACAUCAAACAUCUUGGCCAUUUUAAAACACAAGAGUGUAAAUCAAUUAUCCAAGGCUGAAUUACAAAUUGUAACAGAACAUGACUUCAAGAAAGCACUAGCCGGUGUAAAAAAUAAGAGUAUUUUAAGUUGCUUUUCGAAAAUACAACUAGACCCAGAGUUUGUUGCACGGCUUAUCGAUGCCAGGAAUAUCCUUCUUGGUUGUGAAAAAGGAAAUCACGAGGACCAAGAAAAAAAUAUAUUUUUUUCUAUAUUCUUUGUAAUAAAAUCAAAAUUAAAGGAGACACUGGGCCAAGAGAAAUUAAACACUAAAGAAUAUGAAAAUAUCGACAAAGAAAUAGAAGGGUUCAUUUUUCGGUUCAUAGGAAAAGUGAUAUAAUUAAUAAAAUAAAAGUAUUGAUGAUUUGUAAAUGAUAAUACAUUGGUUUUG